GGUUGGAUGAUUCUCGGAAUACUGCUCGCCUUGCAUGGAGGCUGAUUUGUGAUGGAUGUGUGCUGAAGGUCACUAAAUCUUUGGAUAAGGUUAGUAACUACUUCAUAUCUUCCUGCUUCCUUGCUUUAACACUGACUGUAAACUUCACUGACAAGACUCCACUGGGAAGUAACAGCAGACCUGAAACAUCUAGAGAUGGAACUUGUGAAACAAACUCUCUGGCUGAGAACAAACACAACAGUAUUGCUGGAAACAAGAUAAAUUCUAACAAACAAACCAAGGAACAACAGAGCACUUUCACUGAUCCCUCUGCAGAUGUCCAUGUUGUGCCCAGCAUCAGCUCAAGGACUGAAUUCCACGCUCAAUCCCAAAGCUCUUCAGCAGCAUCUACUGAGAGAUUUCCUGUCCCUCUUCAGCUGGCACAGCCAUCUCCCAGUACUGCAUCCACAGGCACCUGGCAAGGGUUGGGCAAUGGGCAGCCUCUGAGUGGAGCCAGAUACAACCCCCAAGCACAGGGAUCAGGGCUAGUGCUCGUCUCCACUACCAUCCCCUCAGUCACUCUCUCCAGUGAGGAUAUCAGUACCAGUUCUGACUGUUUGUCUCUGCUGACUGACUGGGAAGAUGUUGCUUUAAUACCAGAAUCUCAAUGUGAACAAAAUUCAGACUCUGUUCAAUUCAAGGAUGACUCAAGUACAGAUAAUCUAACAGUGUCUGAAGAAAAAACAAUUACAAAACAAAAGGCUGUGACAAGUUCAGACAAUCAGAGUUUGGGGGAAAGUGUAAUAUCCAUGGAACCUCAGAAAUCCGUCGUUUACAAAAGUCCUGAUACUACAAUCUAUAAUGUAGGAACAGUGCAAAAGCAGACACUACAUUUUUCAGCUUUUAAGUUACCAUCUGCAAAGGGAAAUGCUAUUUCAGCACAAACAGCAUUAACUGGAAAUUAUUCUGCUCCUUCAGAGGUUCCUAAAAGAAAGCCAACUAGUCCAAAAACAUACCCACCAGCAAAAAAACAGUCUUUUGCCAUAUAUCAAGAGAAAACUUCAUCUUUUGAUCAUUUCUUACCUUUGAGAAGUUCAAAUUUGCCCAAAGCGUCUCCUGCCAUUCUGAACUCCAAUUUGAAUCAGUCUGUAAGAGCUGUGAGAAACGGAAAACCAACUCCCCCUCUGUGUAACUGUGGUCGAAGAGCCAAAAAACUCUGCGUGUCAAAUGCUGGUCCAAAUCAUGGCAGAGCAUUUUUUUGUUGUCCUGUUGGCAAGCAAGAAGGUAAUAAGAAAGGUUGUGGAUACUUCAAGUGGGAAUUUGCACUUCUUAAAGAGAAAUCUAAUGGUCUCACCUGGAAUGCAGGUGCUUUGAGCUCUGUUGGAACUGCUGCUAGGAAUUUAGGAAAUUCUUCCAACGAAAAAUGUUUGUCUCUUAGGCCCUCUAUGAGAACUUGA